UCCAAAUUAGCACACACCCUACCAUCUAUAAAUAAUCAUCCUCUCCUAUAACUUCAACAUCACUUCAUCAUCCACCUCAAACACAGACAAAAAAACCAUCCAAGAACCAGAAGCAAAAAAAGAAAGAGAAACAAUAGAUCGAAGAAACUACGCUCAAAUCUCUUGAUUGUUGUUUAAAGAUUCAGCCAAUGGUGAAGACCGAGCAGAAAACCCUAGCUGCAGAAGCAAGCAUGAGCACAAUGGCAUUAUCAUCUUCAAACAGCAACAAUAAUAAUAAUAACAACAUGAAGAUGAAGAAGAAGAAGUAUAAGGGAGUAAGAAUGAGAAGCUGGGGAUCAUGGGUAUCAGAAAUAAGAGCACCAAAUCAGAAAACAAGAAUCUGGUUAGGCUCUUAUUCAACUGCUGAAGCUGCUGCUCGAGCUUAUGAUGCUGCUCUCUUAUGCCUCAAAGGCCCUUCUGCUGCUAAUAAUCUCAAUUUCCCUUUCAACUCCUCUUUCUAUCACCACAUUGAUCUUGAUCAUCACACUUCUACAACUUUAUCUCCUAAAGCCAUCCAAAGGGUCGCCGCCGCUGCUGCUUCCGCUGCUGAAGGCGCAGGCGUAAAUGUUGAAAAUAAUGUACCAUCUCCGCCCAUUUCUUCCACUUCUACUUCUACUAAUUCUUCUUCACCAUUGAGUCAUGAGGAUCAAUUAGAUGAGGUUUCUUUAUUACCAAUAUUUGAUCAUCAUGCUACUUUGGAAGAAGAGACAACAACUGUGUCAAUGAUGGGGCAAUGGUACAACUUUGAUUCUCCAAAGUACAAUGACAUGCUUCACGGUACCGUUUUCUUUGAUCCCCCAUUAAUGGAUGAAGUUUAUUAUGAAGAAGGAUCUGCAGAUAUCCCUUUAUGGAGUUUUUGCUGAUGAAGAAGAGAAGGAAGAUCUCACUUGAAUUAUUAACCCUAUUUGUUAAUUAUUCUUUCAUAAAAACAAAAAACAAAAAGGAGCAAUAUUUUUUUUAGGUGAUGUCAAGUUAUUUUUUCUUGAACAACAUCACUGACAGUGACUAAUUAUAUUUAAAUUUAUUAGGUAAGAGAAG